GGCGGCGGACGACGGGGACCGGUGAGGGGGUGGUGGAGACUGGGGGGAGCCCCCAUCCCUGGGGACAAGCAGAGGGGCUGCCCCCCUCCACCCCAAACCCAUUUUGCACCCUUUUACCCCUUUUUCCCCUCCUUUGCCCCCUUUUUCCUUCUUCCGCCCCCCUUGUCCCUUCCUUUGCCCCCUUUUCCCUCCGUUUUUUCCUUUUUCCCUCUUUUCCCACCCUUUUCCCCUCCUUUUCCCCUCUUUUUCUCCCUUUCCUCCCUUUUCCCCUCCUUUUCCUUCCCUUUUCCACCCUUACCUUCCCUUUCCCUCUUUUUCUCUCCUUUUCCCCUUUCCCCCCUUUCCCUCUGUAUUUUUUUGCCCUUUUCCCUACCUUUUCCCCCCUUUCUUCUGCUUUUCCCCUCCUUUUACAUUUUUUCCUCUUUCUCCCCUUCCCCUCCUUUUCCCCUUUUACCCCUUUUCCCUCACUUUCCCCUCCUUUUUUACCCAAUUUCCCCCCAAUUUUCCUCCUUUUCCCCUCCUUGUUCCCCCCUUUUCCUUCCCUUUUCCUCUCUUCUCCCCCCUUUCACCCCUCUUUCCUUCCCUUUCCCUUCCCUUUCCCUUCCCUUUCCCCCUUCCCCUCCUUUUCCUUCUUUUCCUUCCCUUUUCCCAUCCUAUUCACCAUUUCCCCUCCUCUCUCCCUUCCUUUUCCUCCUUUCCUCCCCUUCCCCCCUAUUUUUCUCCCUUGCCCCCCCAUUUUCCUCCUUUUUCCCCCCUUUCCCCCCUUUCUCCCUUUUUUCAGUGGAUGCUGAUGUCCCAAAUCAAGCAGCAAAUGUGGGGCUGAGCCCCAGGAGUUUUUUUUUUUUAUUUUAUUUGGGGGGGGGGGGGGGGGGAGAGCCCAUGCAUGAGCAACACCAGGUGGUGGAGCAGGGCUUCAGGUCCAGGUGUGGGGCAGCCCCUCCACCCCACACCUUCUCCAUGUGGAGCUGGAUGGCCAAGCCCUCCUAUGGGAUUUCCACAGAAUCACAGAAUUUUAGGUCGGAAAAAACCUCUAAGAUCAUCAAAUCCAACUUUUUAGCGGGCACGGCUGCAGGCAGGGUUCUCAUCCCCACAGCUAUGGGGAGGACGAGCAAGAAGGGAAAGGGAAAUCCCAAAGACUAGGUAGAACAUGAAAUGGCAGAGGAUAAGGAUGAGGACGAGGAUGAGGAUGAGGACGAGGAUGAGGAGCCAACACAAGUCCCAUCUUAGUGACCUCGUUGGGCAUUUUGGGGCCAGAAAGACUGAUUUCAGUGAUGUUCUCCUCGUCUUGGCUUCAGGCUGAGGUUAAACCUCAUGGGUGCUGUUAAUUUGUGAAAUCUCAAGCAUUUGGGGGAUUUUCUUCUUGCUCCCCGGCAGAAGUCAGGUUUUGUACCUUCUGUAGUGAGCAAAGAGGGGAACAUUAUUUCUUUGUCUUUUUCCUCUUUUUUUUUUUUCCUCUUUCUCUUAUUUUUGCCUUGACUGCCUUAUGUAUUCUUAUAUUUAAUAAAAUCCUGAUGAGUUUCCUUGCGAGUUACCCACUCUGGCCCCUCCAGGGAAGGGGAGGAGAUGCAGCCUGUGGGUCAAGGAAUUGCUUUAUCCCACCCGUGCACCCCAUGCUGGUGUGCAACCCAAGCCCGUCUCUGGGUAAAACAUCCAAGAACAAGUCAAACAGCUUUAGAAACCACGAUGCCAAAAUAAUUCCCAACUCGAAACCAGCCUUACCCCAUGCUCUGGCUAUCCUAAAGAACAUCUCCAUGAGAGCAAAUCUCUGUCAGUACCAGCAUUUCCUCACCUGCAAACCCAGGGGGAUUUCUUCUCCUGUUUCAUCCCAAUAAACUGAACUUAAGGUUUAAUUUCCACAAGCCCAACCACAUUUUGGCUUCUCCAAUUGAGGCCUCCUGUUAUUUUGCUUUUGGUUUCAUGGAAUUUGGUAUCACCCCCCCCUUGCCCUGACAUCCCUUGUGAGCCUCUUUUAAAAGCAAAAUAUCACGAAAUCCAGCCUGAACAGCAAAUUCAAUUUGCAGACACCAAUGCAAACCCUGCGUGAGAUGCAAGCUGUACCUUAAAUUCAUUUCUUUACCAAAAUUUUCAGGAAGCCCCGAUGGGGGCUGCACACCGAAGGAUUCUCCCCCCUGGAGCUGCUCUCCCGCCUGGCUUUGUGCAUGGGAUAAAGCAAAGCAGGGAGGAUGCCCGGCCCCCCCGCAGCCCCCUCAUGACCGCAGCCCCCUCUGCAGCACUGCUCGGGGCCAGUUGCAGCCCGGUUGGGUGUGCAGAGACACAGGAAGGGGUUGGGACAAGGGCGAGCGGAGGCUGCAGCGGGGGAGGGUGGAGAGCUGGGGGGAGGGGGUCUGGGGGUGUAAAGCAGGGGGGUGGUGGAACAGGAUUGGGGUCCUCCAGGACUCCCCGACCCCCCAUCCCAUUGCGAGCGGGUUGGUUUCACGCAUCCCCCCUCCGCCACGCGUUUGCAUCAUGAACCGCGUGUCGGGGCGGGUGCAGAGCGAAGCACACCUUGCAGGGAUGGGGAGGAUGAACAAGAAGGAAAAUGGGAAGGCGAGGCACACAGUGCACGUGCAGGUGGGGGAAGACAUCGUGGUGAUAGAAGAUGAUGCGGAGGAGCUGGGGCACGGCGAAGGCUCAGAAAGCUGGGAAGGACACGAAGCCAGGCAGGGGUUGCAAGAAGGUGAGCAGGGAAGCACGGGUGGCGAAAGAAAGCCACGGGUGAAAGCCAAACGCAGGAAGGGAGCAUAUAAAUGCAACGAGUGCGGGACGACGUUCAACUGGAGGCAUAACUUGGUCCGUCACCAGCGCCUGCACACAGGCGAGCGGCCCUACAAGUGCUCCGAGUGUGGGAAGGGCUUCAACGACAGCUCCCCGCUGCUCAUCCACGAGAUGCUCCACCGGGGAGAGAAGCCCUACAAGUGCCUGAGCUGUGGGAAGAAAUUCAUCCAGAGCUCCCACCUCAUUGCCCACCAGUCCGUGCACACUGAAGAGAAGCCCUAUGUGUGCCCCGACUGCGGGAAGCGCUUCGCCCGCCACCAAUACCUCAUCAUGCACCGCCGUGUCCACACGGGCGAGAGGCCCUACGAGUGCCGGGACUGCGGGAAGAGCUUCCGCAAGAGCUCCGACCUCGUCCGCCACAAGACGGUGCACACGGGUGAGAAACCCUACAAGUGCCCCGUGUGUGGGAAGGGUUUCACCCAGAACUUCCGCUGUAACGCGCAUAAAAAGGUCCAUCUUGUGGAGAAGGUUGACCAUCAGGAUUCUCCAUUGCAGGACACCCAGCAGAGCAGCUCUGAGACCAUGGCCUCACCAGGUGCUGGUGGCCACAAAGAGGAGAAACCCCAACCAGUUGACUCCCAGCAGGCAGAAGCAAAUGGCCCCAGCGUGAGGACGGAGGAAGGGGCUGUGUGCCAGGAUCCCAAGCAGGAUGAGGCCCUAAAAGAGCAGGCAGAAGUGGAGCCAUGCCCUGGGCAAGGGCAGGAGGAGCUGGAUGCUCCUGAAGGCACUUUGGAGGAUCCCAAGGAGUCAGGCGUCCAUCCAAGUAUCCGUGUUGAAGGGCGGACGUACGAGUGUACCAACUGCAGGAAAACCUUUGACUGUAGCAACAGCCUGAGCCAACACCAGCAGCUGCACGUGGUGGAGCAGCCCCAUAAGUGUCCUGAGUGUGGGAAAAGCUUUGAUGACAGCUCCGACCUUGCUUCCCACCAGCUGGAGAAGUGCUGCAAGUGUCCUGACAGCGGGAUAAAACUCGGUGACAGCACCAAGCUCCAAAAGCAGAGCUUGGUGCACAAACCUGAGAAAUUCUAUCUCUGCUCUGACUGUGGGAAGUGCUUCAGUCGCCGCUCCAACCUCAACCAGCACAAGAAGCUCCACACCGGUGAGAGACCCCACAAAUGCCCUGAGUGUGGGCUGAGCUUCACCAACACCUCACACCUUAUCGUUCACUAUCGGAUCCACACCGGGGAGAGACCCUACAGGUGCCAUGAGUGUGGGAAGGGCUUCACCAUGAGCACCAAAUGCCUGAAGCACGAGAGGACCCACACGGGAGAAACUCCCUACAGGUGCUCCAAGUGUGGGAAUUGCUACAGGACCAAGAUCUCCCUGAUGUCCCACAUGAGGAUGCACAUGCAUUAGGAUGCAAGAGGAGCAGGUUGUGCUCUGCAAGGAGAAUUUGCUAUAAGGACAAGCUUUGGGGGAUGCUCCAGCACCAUUUGGGACAGGGUUCUUCUUCCCCAAGCCUCCCAGAAGCAGAGAAACGGGGCCAAAGGCAAAGCUCAGGGAGUCCCCCUCGGAAAGCAUCCUCCCUGCUGCGUCUCCUCUUGUUUGCAGCAGGUCUGUGUGGCUCCCGAAGCCUUUGCAGGGCUGGGAGACCUGCAGGGAGAUCAGCACGCUGGAAAUCUUUAUCAAAGCUGUCCUCCUAGCAACAGUGAUGCUAUUCCCCAGGGUUGCUGGCAGUCACACUGGUCCUCCCACGUGAGACAGAGGAGGCAGGGACGCCCGGUGAGACAGCUGCAGCAGAAGGAUCACAUUCAUUGUCUGAUCAAGCCGACCUUGUUGGGCAUUUCUGGGCCAAAAAAAAAAAAAAAGCAGAUUGCAAGUCAGAUUCUCCUCCCCCCCCCCUCAUUUUCAGGCUGGGCUUAAUGCUCAUGAGCAGCGUUCAAGCAUUCAGUGAUAGAGGAAUUGUUGAAAUCUCAGGCAGUGGGGGGGAUUUUCUUGCUCCAUGGAGGGAGGGGGAUGCCAUUUUUGUACCCUCUUGGUACCAAGCAAAGGGUUGAAUGUUCUUCUUUUCACUAUCAUUGUUUUAUGUUUAGAUUUUAUUUUUUUUCACUUAAUAAAAUCCUGAUGAGUUUCCUUGUGAAA